UUUCUAAUUAAUAUUGACAACUUCGGUAUGACAUCUAAAGUGCUAAUGAAACUACCAACAGUGCCCUUCCCUCAAGUGAGUCAUCUUAUAUUUUCAUUAAAUGUUAUAGGAAGAAAAGACCCACCUGACCUGGAGAGAAAUGAUGGAUUCGCACAUGUUAGGCAUCAAGGUCUAAAUGUAGAUAGAGUCAUGCAACUGGAACAGAACAUGAAAUUUUUACAGGAACAACAUCAGACAACUUUGGUUGCUUUACACCAAGAAAUAGAAUGUUUACGUCAAAGAAACCGAGAUCUGCAAUUUCAAUUAGUAUUUUCCAAAAGAACACCCUAUGGUGCGGCUAGCAGUCCUUCUUCACCCGAAGAUAAUGGAAAUGGGUUUGCGAAAUCAAAAGGUAGCCCAAUAUGUGUCAAUGUAACACCUCUGCAAGUGGAACUUUUGGAGAAAGACUUACAAGACAUUAAGGUAUCAUUGCAAGAGGCAAAAACACAUAACCAGUACUUGUCGAAUAUUAUAGAGCAGCAAAAAAAAAGAUUGGAUGUAACAGAAGAUCAGAAGAACAAAAUCGAAGUAACAGAUGUUGGAAUUCAAGUCGGGGAUCCCGUACAAGCGAGCUUAGUUGUACUUUUAGAGGAAUCAUACGCGAUGGUGAAACGGUUACACAAGGAAAAUAUGGAUCAAAAAAAGGAAAUAGCUUCGUUACGUGCAGCUUCUUCAGCAAACAAUGCUAGUACAAGCAGAGGUGGGCGCUCCCGUGACGGUAAUAAUAGCCAUUACAAUCGUGGUUCGCCCACGAGUACGACACAGGAACAAAACUCUCGUAAAUUUCCACCGUUACCAAUACCGAGCUAUUGGCAUCGUAGAUCACCGAGAUACAGCACGAAUCGGCACGAGAAGCAAGAUCAUCAUGCAGAUACAGACUCGACCGUUUUACCGCAACUUCAGAAUGGUAGCGUGAAAUCAGCGGAAGCGGCUAGUUUCGAAUCACCAUCUUAUCGAUCACGCGAAUAUCGCAAUUACGGUCGCGACGGCAGCAAUCGCAAAUACAGAGGUCAAGCAUCGCGAAGAGACAGCAAUCAUUAUUAUCAUUCUCGCGAUUUCAAAGACAGAAAUUCCAAGGAUCAUCCGAGAGACACGAACGAUACUGGGGAGGGAUCGAAAGACGCGGAUCAUUCUCGGAGACAGUAGAUCGCAAAAUACAUGUUACCGAUACAUACAAAUUGAUGAACUUUAGUACUUUGAAACGUAUUAAGAAUUUCGAUACUAUAUACCAGUUCUAAGACUUAUUGAUAACGAGUGAUCAAUGUUUUCUUCACUGGUGCUGAUCGAUUACGACAGUCUCGUGCAUAUAUAGCAUGUAAUAGGAUAGCAACGACGAAUGAUUAUAAACUGUACGAUUUCGGUAGAAUACUGUCUGUAUAUGCUAAUUUUACUCAUUAUAGGCUGCCAUAAAGGAAUAUAGAAACUCGCGCUUUGUAGAUUGACCGAUAAUCAGCAGAGUGUUUAGCGAGACUUUUUGCUCUAAAUGAGAUUUUUUCUUCCUG